UUUCAUUCAUUCAGUGUCAACUGUCAAAAAAAUCAAGAAUUGUCUAGAAAACAGAAAUAAAUAAAGUGAUAUCACGAGGAAAUUACCUGUAUUACUUUGAUAAAAGAUAUACCUACAUAUUUUAUCGUUUGUAACAGUGUGAAAGCAGCUGCCGAAAUGGUUGAUUACAGCAAGUGGAAAGAUAUUGAGAUUUCAGACGACGAAGAUGAGACUCAUCCCAACAUCGACACCCCCUCUCUCUUCCGCUGGAGGCACCAGGCGCGCGUCGAGCGCAUGGAGGAGAGGAAGAAGGAGAGAGAAGAACACGAAAAAAGAAAAAUUGAGAACCAAAAAAAGGUGGUAGAAACUCGACAGAAACUCUCUUCAACGCCUGCAGACAGCCCUGAUCUUGACUCUCUAAAAAAAGCGUUGGCUCAGCUCGAAAAAGAAGAAAUGGAGAUCAGAAAGAAAGAUGAUGAGAUGAGAAAGAAAGAAAAGACCACUCCUUGGAAUGUUGACACUAUCAGUGAGCCUGGUUUCACUAAAACUGUCAUCAACACUAAGCCAGCUCGUCCUAAAGAUGAGAAUAUGACUGAAGAGGAGAAGGAACAGAAAAUGAAGAAGUUCAUCAAGGAGAAUGAGAAGCUGUUGAAGCAGUUUGGCAUGCUGCGGAAGUAUGAUGACUCUAAGCAGUUCCUGCAGCAAAACAGUCACCUGGCUUGUGAGGAAACCGCCAACUAUCUUGUCAUUUGGUGCAUCAACUUAGAAAUGGAAGAGAAACACGAGCUGAUGGCUCAUGUGGCGCACCAGACCAUCUGCAUGCAGUACAUCCUGGAGCUAUCCAAGCAACUGGACGUGGACCCCAGAGCUUGCAUCGGAUCAUUCUUCUCAAGAAUCCAAGUAGCCGAAAAAACCUACAAGGACUCCUUCGACGACGAACUCGAGCAGUUCAAGACGCGCAUCCGGCGGCGCGCGGCGGACAAGGUGGCGGAGGCGCUGCGCGAGGCCGAGGAGGAGGAGCGGCGAGCCAGGCUCGGGCCCGGCGGGCUCGACCCCGUGCAGGUGUAUGAGGAGCUGCCUGAUGAGUUGAAGAAAUGCUUCGACGCGCAAGACGUCCCAAUGCUUCAGGCCACCAUCGCCAAGAUGCCCGAGGCCGAAGCCAUCCACUACAUGAAGAGAUGCGUGGACUCGGGCCUGUGGGUGCCCGGCAAAAACGACGAGGAACCCACCAUGAAGGAGAACUCGGGCAAGGAGCCUGCGACCACCACUGAUGACGUUGAUUGAGAGCGUGUGAUGGAUGGUGGUGUGCGGAUACGAAGUUUCGGAGCGUUGUUAUGAGAUUGACACUUCUAGUUGCAUGUGCAGGGCUGCAGGGCAGUGAAUGCAAUCAAACUUAUGAGUCGCUCGCACUGUCUGCGCAAAUUAUAAUGCAUUAUGAUUAUGAUAUACUGUUACCGAAACUUCGUAAUCGUAAGGAGGUAGAUGGUCGUUUCCAUUUUUGUGGCGUAUGUUGUUGUUGAUGCUGGUUGUUUAGCUGUAAUGUCCGUGCAGAGAUGAGUGCGUUGUGUAAGUUAAGCAUGAUUAGGUUGCAGAUAAUUAUGACAGAAAUAGUUUUUGUAGAUUUUUAUACAGGAAUUCAAUAAUUGGAAGUGAUAACUUAAACUUUGAUUUACCGUGCGUGCCUCAAAUGAAUGGGAUGCUAUAGCUAAAUAAUCAGCUUGUAUCAUUGAACAAAUGCAUUCUAAAAAGUAUUUAUUUUCAUAGGUACCAUGAUAGCCACGCAAUCUUAAUGAUAGAAUUUAGUUUCUUUUUUAUUAACGUAAUAAACUAAUAAUCAACUGCCUUAGUGUAAAUCCAUUGUACAAUUUAACAGUAAUUUUAUUAAAUAACAUCUACGUGCUAUUGAGAUUUUAAAUAAAUCCUAUAUUGGUCUCAGAA